CAAAUCGAUCUUACAACCAUUUGAUUACUAAUAUAAUAAACAUUUAAAUUUAACUUGUUGUAUUCAAUCUCAAAUUUAUGCACUCAAUUGAUUCCUGUAAUUUUUGUUUAAAAUGAUUUCUUUGAUAUAUUUUUUAGUUGCAGUUUUUUACUUUCAUUGCUUUCAUUAUCUAAAAUGAUUCACCAUUCAAUCAAUUAAUCCAAGAAACGCAGGCUGAAUUUUUUUCCCCAGCCCUUUCCUCAUGAUCAAAUUGGACAUCUGGUGAGAUCACUACUCUCCCCUCCCCUACAAAACCUCUUAAACCCUCAUUAAGCAAUUUCACUUCUGCAUAUCUUAUCUAGAAAUCUUUGCUUUCCUGUUGCUGUAGCUUGUAUCAGUAAAGAUUUCUAUAUUAUUGUGAUUGAUACAUACUGCACUAACUCAGUUCGUUCGUACCCCAAGGUCCAAUCGUGAAUUCUCCCCUCUAGCUGCUACAGAUUUCCUUGUAUUUGCAGCAUUUUUUUCUGUACUUGCUAUUUUAUUGUAAGUGAGAUGCCUCUCCUGUAAGCCCAGUGGCUUCUUGGGUCUCCUUACCUUCUAGCUGUUAUCGCUGUAAAUAAAUCUUCGUAUUCUUAAAAUAAGGCAAACAAAGAUGACAAUGAUGAUGAUGAUGAUGAUGAUAAAUAAGUCAUGAGAAUUUGGUGUUUGAUCGAGAUUAUAACUUCUGCUCGAUAAGUUUAAGUAUUCUUAUUACCUGUUUGUUGGAUAAUGUAUAGAUAUUAUGAUAGGGGGGGACUGUUAAUUACUUCCAGGAGAUAAGAGGUUAAAGUAGCUGUUAUUAUCUUAGAAUCAUCAUCCCCUAAAGCAAUGUUGUAUACAGUGAAGUGCAUCCCCUUAGAGUGGAUCCCAAUGCAAGAUGGAACCAAACUUGCAGCUAAACUGUGGAUUCCAGAACCAACUGAUAACACUGACUUACCUUCAGAAGAAGGAAAAUAUCCAGCUGUACUAGAAUUUCUUCCAUAUCGCCGCAUUGACUGGACAGCUCAGAGAGAUGAAACAACCCAUUCAUAUUUCUGCUCUCAUGGUUAUGUUUGUGUCCGUGUGGACAUGCGGGGAUCUGGGGACUCAGAGGGAUUUUAUUAUGAUGAAUAUGAAAAACAAGAGCAAGAUGACUGCUGUGACAUCAUCAGCUGGAUUUCGCAACAAACUUGGUGCACAGGAAAUAUUGGCAUGUAUGGUAAAAGCUGGGGAGGAUUUAAUGGCCUUCAGGUAGCUGCAAGACGACCCUCUGCACUCAAGACCAUUAUCUCUACAUAUUCCACUGAUGACCGCUAUGCAGAUGAUAUUCAUUACCGUGGUGGCUGCAUCCUUGGCAGGGAAAUGUUAUCUUGGGCCCACAUCAUGUUCCUGUGGAAUGCCCGACCUCCCCACCCAGAUAGCUUAGGUCCAAGAUGGAAAGAAAUGUGGCUGGAUCGUCUGAACCAAUCCAGUGAACCCUGGAUACACAUUUGGCUUUCACAUCAGUCACGUGAUACAUACUGGAAGCAUGGCUCCAUUGCUGAGGAUUACACCUCCAUCAAGUGUCCUGUGUUUCUGAUUGGUGGAUUUAGUGAUCUCUACACAGAUGCAGUUUUCCGCAUGGUGGAACACCUCAAGUGUCCUGUGCGAGCUCUCAUAGGGCCAUGGUCCCAUGCAUGGCCUGCAGAUUCUUCACCAGGGCCUCAGAUAGAUCAUCUAAAAGAGUGCGUCAGGUGGUGGGACUGUCAUUUAAAAGGCCUUCCUACUGGUGUUAUGAAGGAACCACUAAUAAGGAUGUUCUUGAGGGAUGGAAUUUCAAAGGCACACAAGGAAGAUAUUUGGCCGGGCCGGUGGAUAGCAGAAGACUGCUGGCCCUCACCCAAUGUUCAGCAACAAGAAUUCGUACUACAUAAUGACCGGAGACUGGCACUGGCAACAGAGAGCCAUGAACAAGCUGCUGGCCAAGGAUCGGUGGAAUCCAACGUAUUUGUCAAAUCUUCGUUUCUCAGUGGAUCAUGGGGUGGUCUGCCAUUGGCUUUCAGUCUCCAUGAAUUGCCGAUGGAGCAGGGAUUUGAGGACAAUUUGUCCGAGUGCUGGGAGACAGGGACGCUGAACGAACCUACUGCUGUAGUAGGAUUUCCUGAGGUUCAUGUGCAGUUGAGUUCUGACAGGGCCUGUGCUCUGGUAGCCGCUAGGCUAUGUGACGUGUUUCCGAACGGCGAAUCUGCACUUAUCACGAGAGGAGUGUUGAAUUUGACUCAUAUAAACGGGCAUUCAUCAGAAGAUAUCCAGCCCCUUCAGCCUCAUGAAUACUAUCAUGCUCAGUUGAAGCUUGACUCUACAGCCUACACUUUUGCGGCUGGUCAUAGAAUUCGCCUAGCUCUCUCCUCAGUUCACUGGCCGUAUGUUUGGCCUUCUCCGCAGACGCCAAGUCUCUCGAUACAAACAGGAAAUAAGAGUAAGCUACUACUUCCGAUCCGAAUCACAAAUCAAGAAGUUAGUGAAAAGGAUUCUCAGUUAAAAGACUUUGAAUUCCCUGACUAUAAAUAUGUACAUCUUCCUGUUGAAUGGCGGAGGACACCUCGUAAGGCCAGGAAUCUAGAAAUUGGCCAGCUAUCUGACGAUUACAGAUUGACUGUCAGCCUGGACUCUGGAUGUUAUAAUUUGAAAGAUACGAACACCACUUAUGAUGAGAUUAACACAGAGACUUUCACGAUUAAAGAAGGGGACCCAGUCUCAUCCAAGGUCUACAUACAAGGGCAGGUAAUGAUGAAAAAAGAAGGUGAUACCGCUGAGGAGAAGGGCAGUGGGCACAGCUGUUGGGAUACCAGAGUCCAGGCCUCCAGCGAGAUGUGGUGUGUUGAACACUUUUUUCAUUUGAAAAGUCAAUUAACAGCUUGGCAUUGUAAUGAAAAGUGUUUUGAAAAGCAAUGGACAAAGGAAAUAGGACGAUUUUACGUUUAAAGAUAUGGUCACUUGCUAUAGUAUCGAAACGUAGAUAUCAAACAUAACUAAUUAAUCACUAGUUAAUAAAUAAUUGAUUAAUAAUUAAAAGUAUCUCGCGUGAACUUAUGAGUUGAAACCCUGGAGUUGAAUUGUCGGUGUUCAAGUCUCAAUCGAUACGGAACGUGAGCCAAUCAAAGGCUUUCAGAUAGAACUCCUUCGUUUGUCGGUGUUCAAGUCUCAAUCGAUACGGAACGUGAGCCAAUCAAAGGCUUUCAGAUAGAACUCCUUCGUUUGUCGGUGUUCAAGUCUCAA